AUGUUCGGUAAGCUGGGUAAUGUGAAUUCCGUUUCUAGUCCUGUAUUGAGUUGUGAUUGCUGUGGAGGAGCUCACAUGAGUUCUGAUUGUAUGCAGGUUCAAUUUGUGUCUAAUUAUGAUAGGCAGCAACAGCAGAACAACCCUUAUUCCAACACAUACAACCCAGGAUGGAGGAAUCAUCCUAACUUUUCAUGGAAAGAUCAAGGUAACCAAGGUAGCAGUUCUAGACCUCUCCAUCCUCCUGGUUUCCAACCAAAACCAUCCCAACCAGAAAGUAAACAGUCUUGGGAGAUAGCUAUUGAGAAGUUAGCCAAUGCCAGUUCAGAGAGAUUUGAGAGACUGGAAGCAAAGGUUGACCAGUUGGCGAGUUCCAAUAGAAAUGUGGAGAUGCAAUUGGGGCAGUUAGCCAAUUCCAUCAAUUCUCGUGGACAGGGUAAUUUGCCUAGUAAGACAGAGGUCAAUCCGAAGGAGCAUUGCAAGGCAGUCACCUUGAGAAGUGGUAAGCAACUUGGUCAGGUAAGUAGUGAGACUAUAGUUGGUGAUAAAGUAGACUAUGAAGAGGUGAACAAGAAGGUCAGUGAAGAAGUUGAGGACCUAGCCAAGACACCAUCCCUACUACCACCAGUCGAACCUUAUGUUCCUCCCAUUCCUUUUCCUCAAAGGCUUAAGCAGAAUAAAAUUGAUCAACAGUUUGAGAAAUUUUUGAAAGUGUUUAGGCAGCUUCACAUUAAUAUUCCUUUUGCAGACGCCUUAGCACAAAUUCCUGCAUAUACAAAAUUUUUAAAGGAGAUCAUGUCUAAGAAGAGGAAAUUGGAAGAUUUCGAGACCAUUGCCUUGACGGAGGAAUGCAGUGCCAUUAUCCAGAAUAAGCUUCCACCAAAGCUAAGAGAUCCAGGGAGUUUUUCUAUUCCUUGUACUAUAGGUGAUGUUGAUUUUUCUAGAGCUUUGUGUGAUUUAGGUGCUAGUGUUUCACUAAUGCCUUUAUCUGUAUCUAGGAAGCUUGGAUUGAAGGAGUUAAAGCCUAUUACCAUCUCUUUGCAGCUAGCUGAUCGAUCGGUCAAAUAUCCUUUAGGUAUUCUUGAGAAUGUGCUGAUCAAGGUAAAGAAGUUUAUCAUUCCAGUUGAUUUUAUUGUUUUGGAGAUGGAAGAAGACACCGAGAUCCCUAUCAUUUUAGGCCGGCCCUUUCUAGCCACAGCUGGAGCUAUCAUAGAUGUUAAGAAUGGUAGGUUGACUUUGAAGGUUGGUGAAGAAGAGGUAGAGUUUAAUUUAUUUGAAGCUACUAAAUAUCCUUCUUUUACUGAUCAUGUUUUUCGAGUUGAUGUUGUAGAUGAGUCGACCAGAGAGUUUUUUAGGGCUGAAAAUACUAAAGAACCUCUUGAGACUUGUUUAGUGAGUGCAGGGACAAGUAAAGAUGAUAAUCUAGAGAUUGCUAAAGUGGCGUGUGCAUUAGAGGCUACAUGUCCUAAGCCAAAGAAGAGAGGUAUUUAUUUUGAGGAUAUCGGCAAAGGUAAGCCACCCCCUCCCCCUUCUAAUGUGCAAGCACCAGUUCUGGAGUUGAAGCCAUUACCCUCACAUCUCAUGUAUGCAUUUUUAGGUGAGAAUAAUACUUUGCCUGUGAUUGUGAGUGUUUCUUUGUCUAAUGAGCAACUUGACAAAUUGAUACGUAUUUUGAGAUUGAGAAAAAAAGCCAUACGAUGA